AACGACCUGUCCUUGCUCCCAACCAUGUCGACCAUAGAGACUUUGAAUGAGGGUAUCAGGGCCUACGCAGAUCUACACCCUAAGCCAUCUAAUAUUCAGUUCCAGUAUGGAACGGCUGGUUUCAGGACGUUGGGUGUCCUUCUCGAAUCUGUACUUUUCAGAGUUGGCAUCCUCGCUGCUCUAAGAAGCAAAAAGUUGGAUGGCAAGACGAUCGGUGUCAUGAUCACCGCUUCACAUAAUCCCGAGCAGGAUAACGGUGUCAAAUUGGUCGAUCCCAGGGGUGAGAUGCUCGAAGCUGCUUGGGAAAACCACGCGACAACCUUCGCGAACGCUCCCACCACAGACGCCUUCAUAGAGGCUGUUGAGAGUUUGAUCAAAGUAGCUAAAAUCGACGUGACCAAGCCAGCGCAUGUCGUAUAUGCGCGUGAUACACGCCCGACUGGUCCCGCACUUGUCGCUGCAUUUGAAGAUGGACUCAAAGCUUCUAAAGCAGAUGGGAGAGACGAAGGUGUGAGGACUACACCCGUGUUACACUACCUUGUGAGGUGCAUCAAUUGUAAGGGAACAGCUGAGGCAUAUGGUGAGGACUCCGAAGAUGGAUACAUGAGGAAACUCAGCGAAUCCUUCAAAAAGCUCGUUACAGGAAAGGGGACAAAAGGAACGUUGAUUGUGGAUUGCGCUAAUGGAGUCGGAGCACCAACCGCUGAACGGCUUGCUCAAUACCUGGGAGACUCUUUGACCCUCGAGCUAGUGAACACUGCAGUCAAUACUGAAGGCGCUCUGAACAACGCUUGCGGAGCAGAUUAUGUAAAGACCUCACAAAAACUACCGCCAUCUUUGAAUGGUGUCCUGCGAGCUGGACAGCGUGCCUGCAGUCUCGACGGCGAUGCCGACCGUCUCAUCUAUUACUACUUAGACGAGCGCAAUCAGUUCCACAUGUUAGAUGGUGACAAAAUUGCCGCGCUAGUCGCUGCUUUUAUUGUAGAGCUCGUCAAAUUGGCUGGGCUGGAUGAUAAGAUUGAAGUUGGCGUUGUGCAGACAGCGUACGCCAACGGUGCUUCAACAAAGUAUCUUGCAGAGAGACUUCCUGUAACGUGCGUACCAACUGGAGUGAAGCACCUGCACCAUGCCGCCGAACAUUUUUCCGUUGGGGUCUACUUUGAGGCGAACGGUCAUGGAACAGUCCUUUUUUCUCCCACUGCUUGCGCAGCUCUGGUGGAACGAAAGCCAAGCACGCCGGCACAACAGACAGCAUUGAACCAUUUGAGGAACUUGGUCGACUUGAUUAACCAAACCGUCGGAGAUGCCCUUUCGGACAUGCUGCUUGUUGAGACCGUGCUUGCACAUAAAUCAUUCUCGGGUAUUGAAUGGGACGCACUUUACACAGAUCUGCCGAAUCGUCUCGUAAAGGUUGUCGUAAAAGAUCGGAACAUCUUCAAGACGGAAGAUGCGGAGCGCCGUCUUGUUGCUCCCGCUGGCUUGCAGCAGAAGCUCGAUGAACUGGUGAGGAAGUAUGAUGGGGGCCGUGCGUUCGUGAGACCAAGCGGGACUGAAGAUGUUGUCCGUGUCUAUGCGGAAGCAAUCUUGCGGCCCCAAGCUGACGAACUGGCUUUCAAAGUUGCUGGUUUGGUGUACGACUUCACAGGAGGCGAUCCUGUAGCCAGACCCAGAGAAUUCUUGUGAAAUAUACUUUCUUAGAGGGUCUCGUGUGCUGCUGUACUAUAGCUGCUGUUAGAUGUGUAAUACCAUGGAAUUGUAUGGGCGGAACGCUCUGAAUUGAUAAUAUUAAUAACG